GCAAGGUGAUCCGAGUGUAUCUUCAAUCAGGUCGGAAAUUCGUGAGUUGUCAACCUACGAUGGUAAAUCUGACAGCUGACAGAAGUGACGCGUGCUUAGACGGUGGCGUCGGUAGGACACGAUAAUGCGCGAGUCGUCGCACGCGCGACACGUCGAGCUCGUCCACGAUGUCCACGAGUGCACGGCAGACACGUACAGCUUGCACUACGAAGACGCGCGAGAGGUUUCGUCGUCUGCUGAAUCAGUGAAAGGGACGUCCCUUCGUCCCCCGACGAAGAAACGCUGCUGAGCCGAGAAAGGAUACUCGUCGAAAGCGAACUUUGGCACGGAAGGGGAGAACGAUGUGAAUGCUGAACGUUGGAAUGAAUUUUUAACGGGCAUCUCCCGAUGUCUUCCUGAAGAAAUGCGCUUCGUACCGUCAAGUACUCUCUGCUCUUUGCAAUAGCAUCGAAAUUUUUAUCGUCAGUCUCGCAGCAGCUUGGAGAGUAAUUAAUUACAGGACUGCACUGCGGAGCUGGGUGUAUUAUAUGCCUUCUUGCUAAAGGAGUAUUUAACUUCUGAAAUAAAAAUUGAAGAAUAAAAAGGGGAAGAAACAUAACUGUUUUCACAUAGAAGAAGAUGAGAAACUUCACAGCUGUAUGUGUCUGUUGAUCGACACUCGCAUUUUAUGAAAGAUUAUCUCAUGUGAAGAACUCUUUCUAAAGAUCUUGAUCAGCAUGGAUAACAUUUGGAAAUUUAUAAGGUUCAAAUAUAUCUUUGUCUGCAUUCUGAUCACCUUUGGCGUAUCAUGCAUUAUCAGUAUAUCGCCCAUCAGCAUCGAUGAGUGCAAAUGUGAGACGAAUGCACAAUUGAAUCAGCAUCUGAAGCGAGCGAGUGAUGAGAUUAUUGGUAGACGUAAAGGGGGAUCGGAGCAUCGAUUAGCCAUACUGGUGCCAUUUAGAGAUCGUUUCGAGGAGUUACUGAUAUUUGUACCACAUAUGCAAAAGUUUCUAGACAAGCAGGACAUAGACUAUCACAUAUUUGUAUUAAAUCAGGUGGACAGAUACAGGUUCAACCGAGCGUCCCUCAUAAAUGUAGGUUUCCUCGAAACGGAGAAGGCGUUCGACUAUAUCGCGAUGCACGACGUAGAUCUGUUGCCCAUGAACGAUCAGUUAUCAUACUCAUAUCCAAGCGCAGGGCCGCACCACGUUUCCUCGCCGGACCUCCAUCCUCGAUAUCAUUAUUUUACCUUCAUCGGUGGCAUCUUACUUAUUAAAAGGGAGCACUUCAUACAGGUAAACGGCAUGUCCAACAAGUACUGGGGAUGGGGCCUCGAGGACGACGAGUUUUACGUUAGACUGAAGGAGGCCCACCUGAGCGUCAGCCGGCCGCAAAACGUAUCGACGGGAACGCAUAAUACGUUCAAACACAUACACGAUAGAAAUCAUAGGAAGAGAGACAUGGCGAAGUGUUAUAAUCAACGGGAAGUCACUAGGAAGCGGGACCGACAAACCGGCUUGAACAAUGUCUCGUACAAGAUACUGGACACGAUCAAGAUGACUGUAUCGGACACGCCCUUAACGGUGAUCAAUAUCUCCCUGCUGUGUGAUAAAUCGAGCACCCCUUGGUGCGAGUGCGAGAAGCUAGUCGGAUCUAAGGAUCAGGGGAGAUCGAAGGAGAAGAAGAAAGCUAAUAGUAGUAAACUCGCCACUGCAUUGUAAUUAUAACGCUAGUGAUUUAAUUGUUAAGAAACAUUAUAUAUAUAAAUGUAUACUCGAACGACAUCCGCAUUCUUCCAUUUUUUAUGUACUCGAUUUAGGUAAAAAUAAUAAAACAGUUCCCUAUA